AUGCGGAGUGCUUCUAUCAUCGCGCUCUUUUUAGGGCUUCUCGCAGGUUUUUCUCCUGUCAUCGCUUCUGAACCGAACCCAAGUUUGGUCCAUGAUAUCAGAGCUGACAGGACUCGUGUAAUCUUCAAUCUUCAAGACGUUGUUGACAACGCGUUAUUCGAAGUCGAGCAGUUCAAAUUUGACACUCUGCCCGUCUUGUCCGUAUCCCCCAGGAGCGACUACAAGCUGACAGCCGUCAAAAAUGGAAACGACACCAUAUUCGAAUGCGAAGACGUGGAUGAGGAUGAGAUUUACCUAGUGCUGGUCAGGGUUGGCGAGGCAGAAACCUUUGUCUUUGUCAACUCGACAUUCGGAAUCAGCUUCUUCGAGAAAGUUGGAGACCAGUUUAGGGAGAUUGAAAAGGUGGAAGAGCUGCCUGAGUACGUAAAACCCCUGCUUCCUUUCCAAACGCACCAAGAGAUAUUCGCUCCUCUGUGCGGUAGCAGGCCACUCACGCAAUCCGUCAAUGAGUAUCUGAAGAACAGGGAGGAAACCGAAGAUGAUGUUGACAUCUUUGAUGAUUCGGAUAGUGAGGAUGAAUACGAUGUAUAUGAAGAGGAGGACUACGUCGAAGGAUUCGAGGAGCUGAAUGAUGAAUUAUAUGACGAACAGUAUGAUGAGGAGGCGGAGGAACAAUACUAUGAGGAGUCUGACGAACCACAUGUUGAUGAGACUGACGAAGAUUUUUAUGACGAAACUGAGGAGCAACACUACGAAAUGCUUGAGGAGCCGAGCUACGAGGAAGUUGAAGAAUCCGAAUACGAAAUGCCUGAGGAGCCGAGCUACGAGGAAGUUGAAGAAUCCGAAUACGAAAUGCCUGAGGAGCCGAGCUACGAAGAGGCUUACGACGAAUCUGUAGAACAGGCCGAGGAGCAGGCCGAGGAAGCUGUCGAGGAAGCUGUCGAGGAGCAGGCCGAGGAAGCUGUCGAGGAGCAGGCCGAGGAAGCUGUCGAGGAGCAGGCCGAGGAAGCUGUCGAGGAGCAGGCCGAGGAAGCUGUCGAGGAGCAGGCCGAGGAAGCUGUCGAGGAGCAGGCCGAGGAAGCUGUCGAGGAAGCUGUCGAGGAGCAGGCCGAGGAAGCUGUCGAGGAGCAGGCCGAGGAAGCUGUCGAGGAGCAGGCCGAGGAAACUGUCGAGGAACAGGCCGAGGAAACUGUCGAGGAACAGGCCGACGUGUCAAAGUAUGAUGAAGCUAUAGACGAACUUUUCCAACAGAUUGAGGAUCAGGCUGACGAGCCCGUUGAGCAGAAGCUUGAAGAAGUUGAAGAAAAGAUUGAAGAACAAGUAGAAGAAAAGAUUGAAGAACAAGUAGAAGAAAAACAUGAAGUAGUAGAAGAAGAGCAUGAGCAGCAGCUUCGUGGAUCAGCAUAUUGA